GCGUUUGGCCUGCGCAGGCUCAAGCCCGCAAGAUGGCGGCGGCUGGAGCUGGCCGUCUGAGGCGGGCGGCGUCAGCUCUGUUGCUCCGGAGCCCCCGACUGCCGACCCGGGAGCUGUCAGCUCCGGCCCGGCUCUAUCACAAGAAGAUUCAAGUGGAUGAAAAGGGGAAGAUCGUGGAUGCCAGGUUUAAAACACUUGGUUGUGGUUCUGCAAUUGCCUCCAGCUCCUUAGCCACUGAAUGGGUGAAAGGGAAGACGGUAGAGGAAGCCUUGACCAUCAAAAACACAGACAUCGCCAAGGAACUCUGCCUUCCCCCUGUGAAACUGCACUGCUCCAUGCUGGCUGAAGAUGCGAUCAAGGCUGCCCUGGCUGAUUACAAACUGAAACAAGAACCUAAGAAGGGAGAGGCGGAGAAGUGAGCCCUUGGCGAAGCUUCCAGCUGGGCACAUCGGCUGCUUGCCCACCUGCCGUGCAGUCACCGUAGAUUUCCGAAGCCCCUCACACUACAGCAAAAGAGCUAUGCGACUCUCACGUUUGCUGUUCACAUUGUGGCCCUAAUGCAAGCAAGAUACACAGUGUCAUUGUUGUGAAUCCUGUGGUUUCUUUCAGCCCGCUUUUAUCCCCUUAACCCAGUUAUGUAUAUUCUGAAUUGUGUGUAUGGCCUCAAACUGAAAUCGGUAAUGAAGUCCCAAGUUUUGGUAGUCUGUGAAGGGCACAAAGAUCUAUUUUACCUGAAUCUGUUUUGGGGAAGGUCACCAAUAGCAUGCCUUUGUAAUAUUCUUUGCUAGAACCAAGCAUUGUAUAUAAAACAUAUCUGCAUAUAUACAGUAAAUAAAAGAACGCAAGACA